AUGGCUGGAUCUCAGGAGGAGGUCCAGAAUGGUUUGGCUAAACUUUCUCUGGUUCCCAAUAAGAACAGUAGUACCAAAAUAUCCACCAAACUGGUUGAUAAAUCGACUACACAUCAAACCUACAAUGUGGUCUUGGUUCACGAGAAGGAAGGAAAAAUUAAGGAAGACAAAGUCCGUACGACUGUAACUCAUACAGCUUCUGUGGUCGAUCAAUGGAUUGCAAGUGUCUACGCUGAAUUCCGCAAUAAGCUGAAUAAUCUUGUUCUGGGUCUUGAUAUAGAAUGGAGCCGAAAGAGCAGAGAUGGCUAUAGUCGAAACAAGGUUGCCGUUGUGCAAUUGUGCUUUUCUACACGUUGUCUCAUAUUCCACAUCUCGCGUUGUGACGAGAUUCCUGAAUCACUUGCUGAUUUUCUCAGUAACGAGAAGUUUAUCUUUGUUGGAGCUGGAAUUGAUGGUGAUGCGCACAAGCUUUGGGUUGAUUAUGGUUUGUAUGUUGGUAGAACUGAAGAAGUUGGCACUCUGGCUGCUUUUAAACUCACCAAGACUUUUGGAGAUUAUAGAAACAGCGGACUUUAUAACGCUGGGUUGAAGAAUUUGGCCAAGGAUGUUCUCAGGCUAGAAAUACCAAAGCCAAGACAAAUCCAGACGAGCAACUGGAAUGUCAGCUUCUUAACUGAGCAGCAGAUUGAAUAUGCUUGUUUAGAUGCUCUUGUUUCGUUUAAGUUAUUUAUCGAUUUGAGGAGUCUUCCCACUCCAACGCAUACUAACAGGGAACCAAAGAAGUUUUUUAGGGAUUUUAGCGAAAAAAAGACUGAAGAAGAAGGAACUGAACAGGUUUCUGACAAGAAGGCUAAUGGAACCAAAGAAGCUAAACAGGUUCCGGACAAGAAGCCCAAUGGAACCAAGAGUAGACGCCCUUAA